GCGAAAGCUCAGAUGAGGAGGACCCAGAUGAGGAUCUGCAGUUGAAGUGACCCCGAGCAUAGGACUCCAGCGCUGUCUGCUCCAGCGGUGCUGCCUGUUGUCCACCGGCAGAAGAUUGUGGUUUUGCUGGACAGCUCCAAGUGGCCAACAGUGUGUCAGUGGUUUUAUUGGGCAGCUCCCAGGAAAACUUCCCGGAGGUGGAAAGAUCAUCUGCCAGACCCCUGCACCGGUUCUCCGUGUCUCCAACAAUGGAAGCAGCAUCGUAAUGGACGAUGCUGAGACUGGCACAGAUCUGACUACCCAGCGGUUUCUCCUGUGGCGCCGGCACUCUUUGAACCUGAUGUGAUGAGCUGACCUCUGACCCCCAGGGGGUUAAAAAUGGCACUCCAAAUAAGGCGGAAGGGAAAGCAAGACAUCACGCUGUCUGGGAAUUCGGUGGGACUGUUCUUGUGAGGCAGGACCGGGCAGACCAGACCAAACUUGCUGUCAAAGAACUUCCGUCACAACAAACCUUGUUAAUUAUCGUUUAAAUUGAAAUUGGACUGGAGGGAGACUUCAGUAAACUGUCAUUUAGUCAAGGCUACAAUUUAGGGAGAAGAAUGGAAGAUCUUUGGCACUGAGAUACCGAUUCUGGAAACACUGACCAUUUAUUUAUUUGCCACACAGAUUGUUUAAACUGGUGGCAUUUUUGCAUUGGGGUGGACAUUGCCCAGUGUUGGUAAAAUUUCCACCCCUGCCCCAACUGAAUGGAUGCUUUACAUGCUGCAUCGUAACCUUUUUGGACUCCACCUGUUGCUGAGGAUACAUUCGCAGUUCAGAGACAGAAGAAACAGAACUUACUGACAUUUCAUGUCCGUCAUUACUUGGAAAUAGUAGAAUUUCAACCCCUUGAUAUUGUGACUGAAUGUGUCCGACUUCGCUCUGAAAACCAAGGAGGCCCCUAAACUCCAGCGUGUCCAUUACCCAUAACCUCCUGUGGUCGGCUUCUGCUGUUCCCUCUUCUGCAGUGAACAAUCUGAGGAAACUGAAAAGCUGAUUCCCCGAUUAGGAUCAAGGGGUACCAUCACCCCGUUCCAAAUAUGGCUGCGGCAGGAAGGAAAUACCUGGUCAGAGACUUUAACCAUUUCAUCACCUGUUACCUGUGCAGGGGUUAUCUGAUCAAACCAACCACUGUCACAGAGUGCCUGCACACCUUCUGCAAGAGCUGUAUUGUGCAGCACUUUGAGGAGAGCAACGACUGUCCUAAAUGUGGCAUCCAGGUCCACGAGACAAACCCCCUGGAGAUGCUCAGGUUGGACAACACAUUGGAGGAGAUCAUCUUCAAGCUGGUUCCAGGACUCCGAGAAAAGGAGGAACAACAGGAAGUUGACUUCUGGAGGACAAACCAGCCCAAAGAAAACGGUCAAGGGGACAACAUGAAGUGUCGAAGGCUCGGGUUACCCACUCCUGUUGGUGACCAUGGGUGCGACGACGACGAUGAUGAUGGCAACGAGGGGGCCGAUGAAGACUACCACAGGAGUGACCCUCAGAUCGCCAUCUGUCUGGACUGUCUACGCAACACUGGCCAGGCUGGGGAUAACUCUGUCUCGGAUUUGAUGAAGAGGUUCAUCCGCUGCUCCAGUCGCGUCACCGUGGGAACGAUCAAGAAAUUCCUCAGUCUCAAACUGAAACUACCCAGCUCCUAUGAGUUGGAUGUGCUGUGUAAUGGAGAGAUUAUGGGGAGGGACCACACGCUUGAGUUCAUCUACAUGACCCGAUGGAGGCUACACGGAGACAAUAGCUAUCCCAUGGUUCUGGAGUACAGGCCACGCAUUGACUUUGGCUGAGACGAGCCUGCAGGAAAAGGACUACAUCCACACACGCAUACAUACACACACAUACAUUUGUGCAUGGACCAACAGUCACACACACACACACACACACACACACACACACACACACACACACACACACACACACACACAGAGAAGCAAUGUCCAGCCACAGAGAAAAUUUAAAUGUAUUUUUGUACAGCUGACGAUAAAAUACGUAUGUUGUUAUGGUAAAGAAGUUUUAUUCUAUAUAGACUAAUAUAUGCUAUAAUAUAUGAUAUUUUUAAAUGUAUGUUCCUGUGCCUAAAAAUCUGUUCGGAUAAGAACUGAAAUACGACCAUAUCUUCACUUGCC